AUGGAUGACUGGGAUACCGCCACCAAAAUCGGCAGCCGCGCUCGUGGCAACGGUGCUUCGCAGCGCGAGACUGUUGUCCGAGGAAACGCUGCCCUCAACGCUGCUCAGCGAAGCGGUGGUGUUAUCGGCACUGAGAAGAAGUACGCUUCUGCCAACGCUGUCUCCAAGGGUGGCGACGGCCAGCGCCUGACCAAGGUCGACCGCUCCGACGAUAUCAUCAAGCCCAACACCGUUGGCAAGGAGGUCGGCGAUGUCAUCUCCCAAGCCCGGCAGAAGAUGGAGCCCAAGAUGACCCAGAAGGAUCUCGCCACUCGCUGCAACACCACCCAGUCCAUCGUCGCCGACUUCGAGCGAGGCUCUGCCCCGCCCGACCAGAAGGUGCUCACCUCCAUGGAGCGCGUGCUCAACGUCAAGCUGCGUGGCAGUGACAUUGGAGCCCCCAAGUUCCCCAACAAGAAGAAAUGA